UGAUGAAGUUCACACGCUUCAUUUAUGUCCUCAGGCUGCGUCUACACGAUCACAGACAAUGCAAAUUCAUUGUAUAGCGGCACCGUUCAAACCUUUUCAAUCCAGUAACAUGAUAUUCUUCCCUUUGUUUAAAGCUCUCUUUCACGCCGAAUCAAGGUCUUGCACCUUUGUUUUUGAAACAGACAACAUGUUUGCGUGCUGAUGUUCCACAGCACUUGGCCUUUCAUAAGUAUGAGUUUCAUUCAGCAGACAGAACCACUCAUUUUCAUUAUCAAUAAUCUCACAAGAUGGUUAGAAGAAACCGUGUCCAACGCGCUGCCCCAAACGUAGAUCAUCUUGCGUCAUCUACCUCAUCACGAGCAACCCCAGAUUUCUCGAUCAGUAAGGAUGAGGAAUGCCAGCCUGACGUCAAUCCUAUGUCAGUAUCACCCAUCACAGGCGCAGAUCCAUACUACUCUCACGAUUCUUCCGAUGCCACAACACCAGCUUUCAUGCCAUAUGGUGACAUGUGUGACAACGUAUACUCCACCGAUCUUCCUGACCCACCACGUGAGCCCUCGCCUGGUGGCAUUGGCUCAUCUAGUCAAAGCAUACCGCCAACCAUUUUUCCACCGCUGUUGCAGCCCACACUUCAGGAAUUUAUUUCGCCACCUAGAAAGAAUGCGCACGGGAGAUUGUCUGCUGCCGCAAAGGGCAAGGGAAAAGCUUUGAUAGAAGAACGAUUCUUUUCUAAUCAACAUCAAACUGAUCUUGGUUCGUUGGACGACGAGAGCCUAUUGUAUCCAUUACCCGAUUUUUCUUCAACUGAUGAAUGGGUUGCACAUACUCGGCCUAUCCUACAGGAUUAUGCCAACAGGCAAAUUCCUCUGCCGCUCGGUCAGAGGGUUAAUGUAUCGCUUAACGAGCCUUCUCAAUUUAUCCAAGGGGCCUUGCAAUUGCUUGCCAAUCGUAACCACCUCGAGAAUCAUACUAUUGAUCCAUCUCGUCAGCUUGGUCCUCAAUUGAUCGAGAACUUCACGGACGUGCACAGAUGGGCGACAGAGUACUUUCGCGCGCGUUUUGGGAUGUCAAAUGUGGGAACCGAAAUACCUGUGCUUUUGACGAUUAUUACGAACACUUUCUAUGAAGCCCAUACCAAACUUAUUGAUAGUAUCGCAGAUGCAGCAGUUGGAAACAUGCAUGGUCGUGGAGCCUCUAGCCUGGAUAUUGAGGACUUUGCGUUUGGAUAUGACUUCGAGAUGAGUCAGCAAUUGCCUUUUGCUGUGGAGUCCAGUUCUCGUAUUCACCAUACCCUUGAGCAACACCGGCCUCGGUCACCAUUGAACCUUCCUGUGGACCUUUCUGUGACGACAAGAUUUGGCAGACAAGUCAAGGUUUCCAAACAAGCGCAGGCAGCAGCACUAGACGAAGGUGAGAAGCAGAACAGAGCUCGCCAGCGUAAGAAAGAUCAGGCGAAGAAAGAACAAGCGAAGAAAGAUCAGGAUUCGACGACUUCGAGAUGUGAAAAGCACAAGACCGUCUCUCAAGUUACACUGAAGAACGAUACAACUCCCAACCCUUCUACAGCGGGUGUGGUGGUGUACACACCCUCUGCCAGUAUUUAUCAUACGCCUAACAAUGGGAGCUUGUAUGAUACACCUCUCAGUGGGAUUCAUGGAAUCUUACGCAAAGUGGAGGCAGAUUCAGUCGUGUUUACAGGUGUCAAAUGUCCCACCAUCUCGGUCUACAGCUAACUCAAAUAUCUCAAUUGAUUGGAAUUCGGAACAAGCGAUCACUGGUCCUAUCAUCAGCUCAAAUGUGAAGCUAGCGUCCGUGCGACAUGUAUCACCAGUACUCGACAUUGCCGGACGUGCGAAUACCACUGCAACGCUGUUGGAGGCAACAACUGGCGCUCAGGACUCGGCACAGGCACAAGCAGCCCCUGUUAGAGGCGGUCGUCUCUAUUUGCGUGCUAGGGGUACAAGGGGUAAUAGAGACAACAGUCGAGGGCGUUGUCAGGGUCAGAGUGGUGGCGCAUCGGCUCCCAUCACUAUCGUCAUACCCGCCCGCCCGCGCCCUGUUGCCUCUGCAUCGACAGUAGUUCCACCUGCAAGUGCGUCAACAGCAGCCAUAGGCUCCACUGAUGUAAGGUGCGACCCUUCGGAUAGAUCUGCUAGUGCUAGUACUAC